AUGUCCGAUCUACCUGAAGGUUGGAUAUCUUGCGUGUCUUCAUCAACAGGACGUACAUACUAUGUCAACACUGUAACAAAAAUAUCUCAGUGGGAAAAGCCAACCGGUGAUGAUGGGAAAAUUCGGUGCAGUCACCUCUUGGUUAAGCACGCUGCUUCAAGACGUCCAUCUUCGUGGCGGGAAGAGAACAUCACACGCAGCAAAGAGGACGCUCUUUGUAUUCUCAAUGGCUACAAGGACGACAUCGUGUCGGGAAGGAAGACAUUUGAGGAGUUGGCCUCUCAGUACAGUGACUGCAGCUCAGCUCGCAGUGGUGGUGAUCUCGGUUUCUUCGGUCGCCAUCAAAUGCAGAAGCCUUUCGAGGAUGCUGCUUUUGGUCUUCACGUUGGGGAGAUGUGCGGGCCGGUGGAGACUGACUCCGGUGUGCAUCUUAUUAAACGAACUGCGUAA